AUGGGGCCGGUGAGCGGCCGCUCGUCUAUCUUCAUCAGCGCGGAGUCGGAGCUCGACCCGCGCGUCGCAACGCUCUCGCGCAUGGCGGUAUGCACCGAUGUGCCCGACGAGACGCUGCAGAAUAUCAUCAACAUCGCCGUGGAGGCGUACAACAAAUUCGUGCUUGUCCCCACACGCAACACGUGGCGGAAGGAGGAGGGGUCUAGGAAGGAGCUCGAGCGUGAGGUGGAGCGCACAGCUGUGCGGGACAUUGCACAGAUGAUUAAGAAGAAUGUUGAGGCCGCGCUGGGUGGAACGUGGCACGUCAUUUAUGGAAGGUCUUUUGCCACGUAUGUGACUUAUCAAACACGGUCAUUUUGCCACUUUCAGUUGGAUGGCGCCAAUGUUGUUGUGUGGCGCCACGGAGGAUAG